AUGGCCGUUCUUACUGAUCUACCCCCAGAAAUUCUAGAGCAAAUCUACCAUUUCCUUGGAAGCAUCGACGACGUUCACCAUCUCGGACGCACAUGUACUAAAAUCCACAAAGUCAUCCAACAUCACAACAUCUACCUCGAGAUAAUGCGCUCGAUAAUUUACUCGUCACCCCAACAUCGCUACGACUUCCAACUCAACAAAGCCUUGAUCCUCCAUUCCAAGAUCGUUGCGCACUUUGCACACAACACGUUGCGCCUGCCCGCCAGCCAGCCUGGAGCCAACAGGAAUAACUGGGAGUAUUAUCUACACAAUACGGCUAGUGCAUGCUCCUCGCCACACGAAUGGACAGAUGAUGCGAUCUGCGACGUGCUAGCCCGGUACCAAGGGUUGCGCAUGCUGCAGAACACGUGGUUGGAAAGGGAACUCCAAGAGCAAGAUUUCCUAUCUGUGGAUCAUACAUCGGAUGCCCAGCGGCUCGUACAUCGAUUCCAAACGCUCGUUGGCCGUGGCGAAGAGUUCGCAUAUGAAGGUAUGCCUCCGCGCAAUGUAGACACGCCGCAUACAUGGUGUUACCGCAAGUUCAACGUCGACCAGAGAGGGCGAUUCUAUGCCGCGGUGGUGUGCGUCUGGCUUCUCAACGAGAUCAGAUGGGUGUUGACUAACUUCACUUACCCAGCGAACUUCACUGUCCAGAUUGGGAUCUUGGAGUCGUGCAAGAACAGGAUUCUAGCAGAGGCAGAUACCCCACUGCUUGAUGAGCUGGAUCGACAUGCUGUGUUUGCUUUCAUGUACCAGCAUUUACUCCCACUUCAUGCCUCAUUCCUCGCCGACGCCACUUCCACGAACCUACCCUUCACAUUCGUCUCUGACUUUUCCAAAGACUGGGCUCACUGCCCCAGACUACUUCAACUCUUCCUUAUGUCCGGCCAAACCUACCUCCAACCCCCCGAUCUAAUCGACCUCCUCAUCCGCUCCACGAUAUGCCGCCGGCUGCCUUACCCCUCUCUCGACACCCCGCAUUCAACCGAGCGAUGGAGACACCCCCGACCAAUUCUCUUUCGGCCCAGUAGUAACCUCUGCUAUGGAAUCAACAAGGCGCAUGUUCAGAGUAUGUCGAUGUUGCAUCUCACGCUCAUCACGCGCUCUUCCUUCCACCAAACGCGGUACGAUAUGAGUCAAGGUGUCAUCAGCCAUCCGGCGCUCGGCGAGGCGUUGUUCAAAGUUCCUGAUCACGCGAAACGGUAUUUCUAUGAUCGGGCUAUGGUGGCGUUUGAGAUGUGCGAGGUGAAGCGGAUGGAGUUGAAGGAUAUACGCGCUGUGUUUCCUAAGGCGUGGGAAGACAUAAGGUGGUGUGUUUGGUGGUGGGCGAGCAGUGAAGAGAAGGCGAGGAUGAAGAUGGAGAGAUUGAGAUUGGAAGUGGGCCCGUAG